GCACAUCUUGAGAUCGUUCUGUGCCCACGGUUUAUAACUUUUUUUUUUGGCCACUUUGUUUUCCAACUGCGACAGUCUCGACGAGUUAAACUAAUUGCGCGAGUGACUGUCCUUCCAGGAUAACUCAUCAGCCUGUCAAUUAGAUAUUGUCGGCUCCAUUUCUGAUUAUUGUGAUUUUUUGUGAACUGUGAACUGAGACCGGUGAAAAAAUGUCAUCGAUUACCGCACUGGCAAUUGCCUCCAUCCUUGUAACUUUUGGGAUCACAGCGUACGGCUAUGGAUGCACUGGAAGGACCAUGUUAAGUGGUGUAUCCGACUAUGAGAAACAGGUGAUACUAGACAUGCACAACAAAAUGCGACAGUUGGUAGCGAAUGGUCAAGUCGGAGGUCAGCCACCCGCGGCUAAUAUGAUGGAGAUGAAAUGGGACAACGAAUUAGCGGCAAGGGCGCAAAGAUGGGUGGACCAGUGCAACGAAGAUCACGAUCCAUCGAGACAUGAAUCACGAUUCACGGUGGGUCAAAACAUUGCCACGACAUGGACCACAAAAACUCCCGAAAGUUGGAACGACAUGCGUUCGGACUUUCCGUAUGCCAUCGGUAAGUGGUUCGAUGAGGCGAAAUACUUCAGGUUUGGGGGCGUAGGAGGCGGAGUUACCGGACAUUACACACAAAUGAUGUGGGCUACCACAAACUUGGUGGGCUGUGGAUAUGGUUUUUACUACGAUCCAGCGAAAGGUUACACCAAAAAUUACGUGUGCAACUACGGACCUGGUGGUAACGUUAUUGGUCACACGCCAUAUCAAAAAGGAUACCCCAAUUGUAAUGACUUUGGUCUGAAGGAAUCCAACCUCUAUGCAGGAUUGUGCAGCAAGCCAUCCAGUUAUUUCUAUGGAAUAUCAAAUUACAUCACAUCCAACUACAAGUACAACUACAACAACAACUAUAACGGCAACUACCGUAGUAAUUACCACUAAACCCAUUAUUGGAUACGUAUUGGAGUAACGAGGAUAUGGCUCAGAUUCGCUUCGAGCACUUCUAAUGAGUCGUGUCUGACAGUGUAUUUAUUAAAAUUGCAUAUUUAUAAGACUGGAGAAUACACGCAUACAUUUGGGUGUCUAUGGAGGUUGUUUUCCAGUGCCAUAUUUUGCACACAGAGGGAUUAUAAUCUUUUCAUUGCAACGUAUAUUUGAAUAACAUAUUCAUUUUUAAUUUAAUUGUAUCUGUGUAUAACCUACUUAAUGCCCAUAUUCUUCUUUCGUUUGUAUAAUCUACGUAUAUCUUUAAGUACAGUUUAGCAAUACAAAAUUAGGAUGUACAAACAAAAGGACCAGUGUAAAUAUAUUGUGAUCAGAUAAUUCUGUAUCUAUUAACAUUAAUUUUCGCAUUCGUAGAAUGUCACUGUAUUACUAGUUUUAAGAAAAUGUUAUGCAUAUUAAGUUUAUUUUAAUAUGUACAAUUAUAUUUUUGUUAAUAAAACGUGAUAAAAAACAA